AGUGCAAUAACCUUUACGUGAUUUUGUUUGUGUAUCCAUUUAUUCCUUUUAACCGAAUAACAUAUUCUGUACCUACGUGUGUAUUUUUAUCAUGCCAAAAAAUAAGCAAUCCAAAAGGCAUAUAAAUCGAAAUUUAGAAAAGCAAGUUAAAGCUGAAAUGGUAAAAGUAAAUCAGUCGGUUUCCAAUCUUCAUCAUCCAUCUACUUCAACUGCUUCGUUAGUUGUACGUGGGGCUAUCUGCCAAUCAAAUUGGAAUGAUCAUAAUCUUAUAAAUGACGAGCUUGAUGAAGACGGUGGAUCGUACGAAGUAGAUAAUUCCGAAUCUAGUAGUGACGAUCAAGCCUGUGAGUUAAAAAAAUGUGGUGCGUGGUGUUUUUCCUGGAUGAUGACACUUACGAAGUGAUUCCGAACAUAUGGGUUUGUAGUGAGAGUAAAGAACUUACUUAUUUUCCGAACGUUGAGGGUUUUAAACUAUACGAAAUAAUUAAAAAUCGUACAAUACCUGCUAAAGAAUGGCCGAUAUAUAAAAUCAACGUUUUAGCUGAAUACGCUGAUUUCCACUAUGCACAGGUUCAAUGCGAAGAGGCGCGAUGUGGAAAUGUUAUAUCCAAUAAUGAUGAAUCCAACUCUCAACAAAUAAAUGCCGGAAAAGGGCAAAGGGUGCGCAAACCCAACAUCAAAUUAUCCGAAUAUACAAGUUUGAACACAGAUGAUGAGGAACUUGGAAUCUCAACAAGUUUUCGAAAAAUAGACCAUAAAAAGAGUGGAAGUCAAACCACGGCCGAUUUAAAACAAAACCUCACCGAGCAUGAUGCUAGUUCGAGCAAGGAUGAUGGGGAUGCUACAUUGACCAGGUUUCCAAGAAUUGACUAUAAAAGUGGCAACCUCGGUGGCAACAAACAAACAACAGGAGUAGCUAAAGUAAUAGCAAUGUGCGAUGACAAUGAGAACAAUAUUAUAUUAAAUAAUAUGGUAGAGGACAUUUCGUACAAUACAAAAAUCGUGGAUAAUAUUUCAUUGAUCGUGACGAAAUUAGAAGAAAUCACUCUGAAAAAUGAAGGUAGGUGCAGUAAAAUGUGGCUGGAACUAAAUUUCCACAAUUUAGAAUUUCAACGAAGGAUGUUUCGCCAGCAAUUUAUUAUUCAAAACAAAUUAGCUGAUUUGGAAUCGCUGAUAGUCACCCUGUCAACUACAACUGACAAAACAAAAGAGACCACCACAGAUGAACAAGUAAUUCUGGAGAUAUGGAAAUUGUUUCCAUUGGCCAACACAGAAAAUUUAAAUAUAGUAGAGCAAACUUUACUUGAUAAUACUUUAUUUAAAGAUGUGGCAAGAAAGUUCUCCUUGGUGGGAGGUGAUACAGCCAAGGAAAUUACAAGGAAUAUUUUGUAUUUGAUGCUAACUAAUGACUUCGCUGCAAAUUACAGUUUCGAUGGUGCAAAGGGUAAACUUAAAUUUAAAUCGCUGAAACUGUAUGAAUUAUUAUUAGCAUCAAUACGCAGCAAUUUAAAAACGGAAAAUGCUACUGAAAGCGAUAUUUUACCAGAGUUAAGACAAUGGCUAGCCCAAGCCAAAUUUAGAAAGAGGAAGUAGUGCUUGAAGAGUGUUAUUAUUUUAUUAUAUAACAUUUAUUAAUUUUUAGAUUUAUACUAUUAUUGGUUUUCUAUUAAUGUGUGGUUUUGAAUAAAUGUUGCAUAAAUAUUUCACAAAGAUUAAUCUAUAUAUUUAUACAAUAUUGGUGCAUAAUAUUUAUAAAAUAUUUCUCCAUAACAUUUGUAAAACAUUAAAAGUGGGACAUCUAAAUGUUAGAUUGAUAUUAUGAAAACAUUUG